AUGAGCAACGAAAGCUCCAUACUACGUCCGCGCGACCCGUCGCAACUCAACUCAGAUGAAUGGCCCGAGUUCGGUUUGAAGAACGUCUUCAUCUUUGAUCCGGAAGAUCCAAACAAGGAGCCUGUGAGCUUGUUACAUGCUGGACACUACCGACCACUGUCCAUCAUUGCAAGACUCGAUCCACCAAACACACGGAACCAUUCGUCCUGGCUAGACACUUCCCUACAUCGGAGGGUCGACAUUGAACUUACCGACAUCAAAGAGUUCUCAUAUGGCGAAUAUGGCGAUGGCUCGUUGGACAUAUGGGCAGCUGGAAAGGCUGGCUGGUUCACCAUCAGGCCGAGCCCUGAAUACAAACGGACCUACAGCGACAUGAUCCAAGCCCUCAAGCUAUUAUACUUCAUGGCCGACAGCUACAGGGCUUUGAAGAAAUACGCUGACUUAUCAGCUCCUUAUUUCUUCCAGAAGUGCAGUAGGGCUCGUCUUGAGAAAUGCAAGACUGUAACAGACACGGCCGCAAUGUUUACAAAACAUCGCCAUUUCCUAAUCGCAUCCAUGUUGACAUACAAAGAAGGCUUGCAGUGGACCCGAACCCCCCUGUUCACGUGGUUCCAGGACACCUUUCCCAGUGAAGUCCAACUAGUGCGGCAAAGAAUCAAACCUCCAAGGCCGAAAUCAUCAUCGCAAAAGAGUGGUACUCAAUCACCUGCUCCCUCGACUGCCAGUUCAAGGAGGAAAAAAGCAGAAGCCAAACAACAGGGCGCGACUCCAAAAUCGACCGUCUCCAUACGAUCAGCUCGUUCUACUAGAUCAACCCGGUCUCAGUCUAAUGCGACGGUCGACUCUUUGCCUAUGAUCAUGGACAACACUCCAAUCCCAGAGACCCUACCUGAGGUCAUGUCGACACCCGACCAGGCAAGGAUUCGAGCAGACAUGUCCUCUAGUGACGAUGAUAUUCCUGGGACUGGAGGCAAAGGUAAGGGCACAUCCGCUCUGAGACCUAGACCCAGCAAGUACAUCCCCACAGGAACGAACAACCCUCACAAGGAAUCUCCAGCUGCUCUCCACGGCAAGCAAGGGGAGCCUAUGGACCAGCAAAUAGAAUCAGAUGUCAUGAUGAUCGACAAUCCUAAGCUCGAGACCGAAGAGUCGAGCGACAAACAGACCGAAGAAGUUACGGAAGACUCAAACGAGGAUGAGGACGACUCAGAAACACCAACCGUCGACUUACCGCUUCAUUCCCGAGGUCCAGAAAACGAAGGGGACGUUUGGCAUUGUCCUGUUGAUGGAUGCAAUCACAAGACAUACGCGGCCUCGGAACCCAGCUCUCAGAUUCUUAUCAAAGCACAUGCACAGACUCAUGAUUUCGACCACGACGAGAGGGUGCAGCUCGUGCGUCGUAUGGAGGCGCCAUAUCUGCCAGUGAACAGGCUGAUGGAUAGAGUCCGAGGGAUGGCUGCGACAAGCAAGUUCCCACCUCCCAUCACCCAACGAUAUUGA